CAUGCGCCCUGUCAUUACGGAACUAACAAGUAAUGCUACUCGUAGCGGUUUCUUGUUAGCUUGGCUACUAGUUAAAAUAAAUUACAUUUUUCUUCUUAAAUUAGUGAUUUACUUAAGCAGAGUUGUGACAAUACUAGAGCAGUUUGUUUCGGGUUUUGAAAUUUGAUGACCAUGAUGAUGGCGGUGCCCUGUCUGUUGCUUGUGCUGCUGUGGUGCGGAACAGCCUCACCCGUGGAGGUCCAGCGUCCCCGCGGCGUCCCUCUGUCGAAACGACAGUUUUAUGAAGAGGGCAAACCUUUUACAUGCUUGGAUGGAUCCCUCACUGUUCCCUUUGACAGAGUAAAUGAUGACUACUGUGACUGCAAAGAUGGGUCCGAUGAGCCAGGCACUGCUGCUUGUCCCAAUGGCAGCUUCCAUUGCACUAAUGCAGGUUUUCGACCAGCGUUCAUCCCUUCUUCUCGCAUCAAUGAUGGAAUCUGUGACUGCUGUGAUGCUACAGAUGAAUACAACAGUGGUGCUACCUGUCAGAACACCUGCAAAGAGUUGGGCCGUAAAGAAAUAGAGAGUCUUCAAAAGAUGGCAGAAAUUGCGAAGGAGGGCUUUUUGCUCAAACAGCAACUUAUCCACGAGGCUAAAAGUGGUCUUGAGGAGAAAAAGACCAAGCUUGCAGAAGUCCAGACCAAUAGGAAGGAUCUAGAAGAGAAGGUGGAUGCUUUGAGAACUGUUAAAGAAAAGGCAGAGCAGCCAGAGAAUGAAGCUAAAGAGCGCCACCUAAAGGCUUGGGAAGCUCAAAAAGCUGUCGUCCGUAUGGAGAAAGAGAAAGCUCGCAUGUCUGGAGUGUUUCUGGAACUGGAUAAAGAUGGAGAUGGCUUUGUCACAGUGAAUGAACUCUUACCUCAUUCUGAGCUUGAUCCAGAUGCAGAUGGUACAUUCACAGAAACGGAUGCUCAGGGAUUGUUGGGCGGAGUUGACAAAGUCGAUGCGGCAUCGUUUGAGUCCGUUUGGAAUAAUAUCAAAGAGAAAUUCCACUCUGAGUCACACACAGACACCCCAGCACCAGAGGAAACGUCUCAAGAGGAAACACCGGCCUCUGAUAAUGACUCUGAGCUGUACCCUGAUGAUGACAUCCCAGAAGAUGAUGAUGACGAGGAAGAUCCUGAAGAUGAGGAUCUUGAUGAAGGAGACUAUAAGGGCUCUGAUACGCUGCAGACUCAUGAUAAGAAGAAGGAGGAGGAAGAAGGAACGAUGCCUCCAUACGACCAAGAAACCCAGAGUCUCAUUGAUGCCGCUCAGAAAGCCAGGGAUGAGUUCAAUGAGGCUGAAAAGGCUCUACGCGACGUGGACGAUCAAAUUAGAAACCUUGAGAAGGAAAUCUCUUUCGACUUUGGAGCAAGUGCUGAGUUUGCUUACCUCUACAGCCAGUGCUAUGAGCUGCACACUGGAGAGUACAUCUACAAGCUGUGUCCAUUUAACAGAGUGUCCCAGAAACCUAAAUAUGGUGGAUCAGAAACUAACUUGGGAACCUGGGGGAAAUGGGCGGGGCCUGAAGAUGACGUCUACUCUGUAAUGAAGUAUGAACAUGGAACUGGUUGUUGGCAAGGCCCAAACCGAUCCACCACUGUUAAGUUGACGUGUGGAAAGGAAACAGUGGUGACGUCCACCUCGGAGCCCAGCCGCUGUGAGUACCUUAUGGAGUUUACCACUCCAGCUGUCUGCCAGGAGCCGCAGAACGUGGGGACAACCUUUCAGGGGCAUGAAGAACUCUAGAUCCUCAACAGCUGUUGCUGCAAAGGGGACCACAGUUGGAGCAGCGAUCACAUUUACUUUUAACAGUUUGAUGAUGAAUUCCAUUCAAUUGUUAACUGUAGAAUGACCAACACAAGUUUCAUCUGAUCUUCCACUGCAAUGCUUCAUGGUGAUUUUAAAUGUCAUUCCAUUGUUUUCAAAUAAAGUUUUUUGUCAUGAUCUACAAAA